CCUGAGUGCUGCCUCUUUCCGGGCUGGGGAGGAGUGGGGCUCCGCCUCGGGGCGGCUCCAGCUGCGGGCGGCCUGCUGCUGCUGCUGCUGCUGGCAGCCAUGGCGGGCAGGCAUGCGGGGCGAUGGUGGCCGGGGCCCCUGGCUGAGCCGCAGCGCCUGAUGCGUGCUGGGCUGGGUCUCAUCGUGCUGGGCCACAGCAACCUGGUGCUGGGAGCCAUCGUGCACGGCUCCGUCCUGCGGCACGUCGCCGGGACCAAGAGUGCCGUCACCCCUGAGUACGCGGUGGCCAAUGUCGUGUCUGUGGUGUCUGAGCUGCUGAGCAUCACCGUGGGCAUCGUUGCCAUCCUGGUGUCACGCAACCUUUCCCGGGCUGCCCUGCACUGGGCCCUGCUGAGCGUAUCCCUGCUGAACUGCCUGCUGUCCACAGCCUGCAGCGUGGGCUUGGCGUUGGCCAUCGCGCUCACCAUCCACAGCCGUGGGAUGCGCCUGGUCACGGGCUGCAACAGCCCCGCGCUGCCGGCUGACGCCCGCGCGGCCAUAGCCACCAACGACUGUCCCUUCAACACCACGCGCAUCUAUGACACGGCCCUGGCGCUCUGGUUCCCCUCCAUGCUGCUGGCAGCUGCAGAAGCUGUGCUGUCUGGAAGGUGCUCUUUAGCAGCCCUGGUCCUGCAGGGCAUCGGCCCUUGUGCACGCGGCUACAGCAAGGACCAGGUGGCCAGGCCAGGUACGGUGAAGGAAAGGCAGCUGCUGGUGGGGCUGGCUGAGACGUGCGCCUAGCGGAGAGGUGGUGCUGCACGAGUGCUGUUGUACAGCGGGGUGAUGCUGCACCUCCUGCAGGUGUAGGCAUGGGGCUGUGCUCCUCCCCAAGACCCC